AUAGGAAACGUGAUAUCCACCCGAUUCACGUCUAAGCAGCGGAACGGAAGGCAUCAACAAGCUUAUUAGAGCGAAAGAAACACAGUAUCUAAAUGAAGUACCGCGCUACUGUUGCAUUACAGAGCUAUAGCCAGCUGCGUUAGAUGUUCAGCAUACAGACCCCAUGCUAGGGUGAAAUAAUCUGGUUCAAAUGGUUCUUGUUCUGGAAUUUAGCGUAGGAGCUCACUUGACAGCUGGAAUGUAACUGGGUUUCUUAUGAGCUGGCUAACACAGCUAGCUGCCUAUAGAGGUCUGUGAGUCUGAGAAAAAGAUGCAUUUCAUUACGAGCACACAGCAGAUGCAUGCUUAGGUGUAUAUAGAAGUAUGCUAGGAUGUUCAAAAAUGUGUUCGGAUCAGGAUUCCUGGUGAGGACCGCUCAUGUCAUCUUGACAUGGGUUAUAACGUUGAUUCUCUUCCUCCACGACACCGACCUGCGCAAACAGGAGGAGACGGGGGAGCUCACACUGCCGGUUCUCUUUGUGCUGAUGGUCCUGGUGUCCGUGUUGCUGUACUUUGCGGUUUCACUCAUGGAUCCUGGUUUUGUCUUGUCUGAUGACUGUGAUUUGCAGUUCACACUUGGUAUUGCAGAAGAAACGCAGGAUAUGAUUCCACAGACUACCAAGUCCAUCCGGCUGCGGCGCUGUGGACACUGCCUGGUACAGCAACCCAUGAGAUCCAAACACUGCCAGACGUGUCAGCACUGUGUGCGGUGCUAUGAUCAUCACUGCCCCUGGAUAGAGAACUGCGUCGGGGAGAGAAACCACCGCUGGUUUGUGCUUUAUCUGGCUGUCCAGCUUGUUGUCUUACUGUGGGGACUGUACAUGGCCUGGUCCGGCUUCAGUCACGCUCCCACCUGGCAGCUGUGGUUGAGGACCAAUGGUGUGCUCUUGGGAGCAGCAGCGGUGGUGGCGGUCCUAUCCCUGACCGUACUUCUCCUCCUGGGCUCUCACCUGUACCUGGUGUCCCUAAAUACCACUACAUGGGAGUUCAUGUCUCGACACAGAAUCUCUUACCUCAAGCACUGCGGAGUAGACGAAAACCCUUUUGACCGUGGAACCCUGCGCAAUCUCUGGGGCUUCUUCUGCGUUUGGGAACCAGUGGUUUGGGAGCAUGUGUAUUUCAAGCAAGGCAACGAUCCCAUUUAAUUCCCUGAAUCCCUGGGAGGCAUGACUACCGUGACAAAUAACCCAUUAAAUGGAAGUUGAUGUUUUGGUGGAAAUUGCUCCAAACUGCAUCUGCUACUACAUCUAAUCUACUUCUUCCUUGUGAAUGACCCAUUCCAUUUUGAAAGUGAUUCUUUCUUUAAUGCAUGAACUUGUUAUCAAAUAGUUUGGAAUGAAGACCAUUUCUAUUAAAGUGUUUUGUGAAUA